GGCCGGUCUAUAAACCGCGCUCUCGCGUUUCCGAGUUGUUCGAUCGCGCGAUGAAACCAGUCGGCCGGAAGAAUUUCGAUGCUGUCCCCGGAAUUGCGGCGAGCCGCUCUUAACCCGGAUAGGGCCGCGAAGGAAGAAGAGAAUCGUUGGCAAGAUCGCCGCCAAUCCCCGAGGAAACUGGGUGAAAAUUACGAAUCGUGGAUUGGAGGGUGCGCGAGCGCCGUCGAGCGAUGGAUUUUAUGGUGCUGCUUCUCAUGAUGCUGCUGAGGCAAAAGGUCGCUGCUCUGAAGCUACUCCACAUAAAUGUUCCGGCGUACACCCUCAGGGGCAGGAACGCGCUUUUAGAAUGCAGAUAUGAUCGGGAGAGAGACCGUCUUUAUGGUAUUACAUGGUACAAGGACCACGAGGUAUUCUACAAAUACGUACUCCGAGAUAAAAAUCCUCACGUUUAUGACGUCAAUGGUGUUAAAGUUGAUAGAUCCCGCUCGGAUGAUCAGACAGUGACAUUACAAGACGCAAACCUUCACGCUACCGGCGUGUACAAGUGCGAAGUUAACGGGGAGGGGCCGAGCUUUAAUACAGUCAGCGCCGAAGCGAGAAUGGAGGUCAUAGCACUACCUCAAGAAAGGCCAAUAAUAACCGGAGAAGAAAAGGUGUACGCGAGCGGAGACGUGCUCGCGCUGAAUUGCACCAGUGGCAAGUCCCAUCCUGCCGCAAAGCUCAGAUGGUUCGUUAAUGGCCAGCAGGUGAAGCCCGAUUCGGAAAAUAUGCAAGUCGAGCAUGGGCUGUAUUCGACGAUAUCGAGUCUACUGCUCGAGUUGGAGCCGGAUCAUCUCGCCAGCGACAAGAUAAACGUCAGGUGCGAGGCGACGAUACAAUCGACUCACAACGUCCCCGAGCCGUUCAUCGACAUUCGCGACACCGAGAUCCUCGUUCAAGGUCGCGCCACUCUGACGACACCAUCGCUUUGUUUGUUAGUGGCUGCAGUAUUACAACGAUUUCUGCUACCCGUAUAGACACCUCUGGCGUGAUGAGGGCAUCAAGACGACUCUAACACGAGAGAAGAUAGGGAGUAAGCGGAUCACGGAGAAAACGAAAGGCGAGGAACGACCAACGUUUCGUGACGAAAGACAAUCAUAUCUUAAUACGAAGCGAAUUGCGACGAGAAAUCGGGGGAUUCGCGUCAGACUUAUCGAUCGUUAUUGCAACGGCGAACGGCCACGCGUCCUUGCGAUUUUUGCGCGUUGCUACGCCUUCUCGUUAGACCGGAGGAGACUCGUGCUGAAUAAGGCAUCGAUCCGCUCGUCGUUGCUCUCGAGAGUAGAUCCCCCCAUCUCCCCGAUGCGUAAAAAUCCUAGAUAGUCUAAUUAAUUGCGAAAGAAAAUUACGCGAUAACCAAAUGGACACCCACAAAGUUCUCGCACGUGCGAGGAACUCCUCCUCAACGCCCGUCUAUUCUGUUAGAAUCGAUAUCUGCGUCGUUACUCGUGAAAUAGAUUCAAAUCGGCCGCACUCGGGGGUUCAAACUCUCGAUAACGAGAAGGAACUUUUCGAACUUUCUAUCUUAACGAUAUAAGUUAGAAAAUGAACUGAUUCUGCAGCCGUAAAAUAAAAUUUGAAUAAAAUUUCAUUAACAAAUUAUUCAACGGAUUUAACAGAAACUGCCAAUUGGAACGUCACUUGAUAUUAUUACGUAAAAUGUAAAACAUUCUACUUUCUCCGGAAGUUUGAACCCUGUAAAUCUUUGUUUUUUGCGUAUUUUUUUUGUUAAUAGUUUAUAAAGAACGGAAUAAAAAUAAUGCAGUCAAUUGGAAUCAUGACUGAGGAAUGAAUUGCGCUCAGGAUAAAGGAAAAAAAGUAAGUACCUUCAAUACCGUAUCAGAAAUAAUACUCAAGAAGUUAAAGUUUAUAUUAAGAAAAUUUAACAAGCUAUAAACGCAUCUCGCGGUUUAAAUAACAUCAUUCUACAAUUUUUUGUUAUACCACGAAUAUUAAUGUUUGCAGUAUUUUUUCAUUGGAAUAAAAAGCAUGCAAAUUCCAUGUUUUACAUUUCCGUUUUUCGAUUCGCGCUUAUGUUUGAAUUAUAAAAAUAGUUUAGAAAUGACACAAAUGAAAGGACCGAAGUGGCAAUGUAUACGGAAAAAAAUUUCUCGGGGAAUAACUUAAAAAAAUGAUAUAGUAUAAUUUUCUGCAUAAGAUACUGCCAGUUUUUUUAUUUAUAAAUUUCCUCACUAUAUACUGCCAUAAAUUUUUGCAAUCAGGAGAAACCAAUUUGAAAGCGUCGAGAACGUUGUACCUCAGGGUUCGAAAACCUUCUCAGCGUGAUAUCGUUGUCAGUAAUAACGGGCACAGCAGUUGUCGCCGGGAUGCAAUCGUUAUUGAUUGUAUACGUGCCGCGACCGAGUGUAAAUAUAUACAACAACUAGGUAGACACACGUUUUCAUCGAGCCCCGUCGUAAGCUUCCUUCAUUCUAAUUAUAACUUUUAAUUGAUACGUGUAAUUAAUAUAAUAAGCCAAGAAGAAACUCGCGGAUCUCCAAUUGCACGAGCACACUCUCUUUUUGCUGCAUGAUACAUCAUCGAAAACUUACGCAUUAUGAAAAACUCACUGAAUAAAUGCGAAAAGAAAAAUAUUGCCAUUAGGGCAAACAGUAAUCCUGGUCAGAAUUUAUCACAUUUUCUACACAGAAGGGAAUAUCGUUACGAAAUCUUGAAGGAAUCUUCUUUGUUAUACGAAAUAUCUAUAAAUAAUGCAUGCUUUAGUUAUUGUUUCAUAUUCCAUAAUUCAUCCAAGAAUUAUUAAAAUUCAAAUUAUAUUUAAAAUCGAACAUUUUUUUGAUAAAUAUCAUAGUCGAAUAAACUGAAAAAAA